AUGGUGUCUAUUUCGACCGAACUUCCUCUCGAUGUUGAUUCGGUAAUGAACGAAAUCUGGACUGGUGAUGGACUACCCGAGUGGAACCCUAAUAUAAAUUUUGCACACACCGUUGCAUCUCCUACCUCACAUUUCGAUGUAAUCACUUGUGGAAACAAUGACGUGUUGAUUGUAAGUGGAAGAGAUUUCGUUUCUGCAAGAAUAUACCGGAACACUCCAACAGGAUAUAUUAUGGCCUCGCGCAGUGUUCGACUGAAAGAGUAUCCCGAGCAGAAAGGAAGUCCGGUGAGCAAUAACGUGUUUAACUGUGGCUUG